CUCCUGACAACGAUAGCGCUCGCCACGAGCCCGAUCGCCCAUUUCGCAAUUUGCCAUUCACAACGAGGCCCGCAUGAGCACGAAGGAGUACUUCAAGACGUGGUACGUCAAGAACAAAGAGAAAGUGAUUGCACGUGUCAAGGUGUACAAUGCAAUGCACCGCGAAGCCCAAAACGCGCGCAUGCAGCAGUGGCGCGAGAAGAACCGCGCUAAAAUCGCCGCCUACCGCGAGAUCAACCGCGAACAACGCCGCCAGUACAAGCGCGACCACUACCGCCGCACCAAAGAAAAGCGCCUCCGGGAGGCCGCGGCGAAACACGCCAGUGCCGUCGACGCGGUCGGGACGUGCCCACGCAUGCAGCUUUCGUUUCUCUUGCAUCCAAUUCCACCGGCGACAUCAUCGCAACCGUUUGAAAUCGCGACCAUGCUGACCGCCCCAGCAACCGACUACGACGUGUACGUUGAAGUGUAGGCGCCAAGUUGGGUCGAUAACUUGUAACUUAAUUUUGAACUUUCCA